UAAGUGUUUGUGGUGCCGGACGCUUCACGCGGGAAAAGAGGAGGUAGCAGAUAUGGGAGACACACUGGAGUUCAAUGAGAUUUACCAAGAAGUCAAAGGAUGCUGGAACGAUGGACGCUUGAGGUUCAGCAAGCAGUCUGUGGUCUACAAAAGCAACAAGACAGGGAAAGUGGACAGCAUUCCUGCCCCUGAUCUCUCUCUCGCCCAGUGGCGCAGAGUCUGUCUCGGGCAUGGAAUCAAAUUGGCCACGAGCAACGGACACAUCUACAAAUAUGAUGGCUUUAAAGACUCAGACUUUGAGAAAAUCUCUGCCUUUUUUAAGGCGAACUACAAGGUUGAGCUGGCGGAAAAGGACAUGAGUGUGAAAGGCUGGAACUGGGGAACGGCUAAGUUCUCAGGACCGUUGUUGUCGUUCGACAUUAACGACAGUCCUGCAUUCGAGAUCCCCCUGGCCAGCGUGUCCCAGUGCGCCACAGGAAAGAAUGAAGUCACAGUGGAAUUUCAUCAGAAUGAUGAUGCGGAGGUGUCGCUCAUGGAAAUGCGCUUCUACGUCCCUCCCACUCCCGGGGACGAAGGCACAGACCCUGUAGAGGUGUUUUCCCAGAAUGUCCUCUCACGCGCAGACGUUAUCCAGGCUACUGGUGAUGCUGUGUGUAUCUUCAAAGAGCUGCAGUGCCUUACGCCCAGAGGAAGGUAUGAUAUUCGUAUCUACCCCACCUUUCUGCAUCUGCAUGGUAAGACGUUUGACUACAAGAUCCCCUACACCACUGUCCUGCGCCUCUUUCUGCUGCCACACAAGGACCAGAGGCAGAUGUUCUUUGUGAUCAGUUUGGAUCCUCCCAUUAAGCAGGGUCAGACCCGCUAUCAUUUCCUCAUUCUGCUCUUCUCCAAAGAUGAAGAUAUCAGCCUCACCCUCAACAUGAGCGAGGAGGAGGUGGAGCGGCGCUUUGAGGGAAAGCUAAAUAAGAACAUGUCUGGCUCUCUCUAUGAGAUGGUCAGCAGGGUCAUGAAGUCUCUGGUCAACAGAAAGAUCACAGUGCCUGGAAACUUCCAGGGUCAUUCAGGAGCUCAGUGUAUCACAUGCUCAUAUAAGGCUAGCUCAGGACUGCUGUAUCCUCUGGAGAGGGGCUUCAUCUAUGUGCACAAGCCCCCCGUGCACCUGCGUUUCGAGGAGAUCUCCUGUGUGAACUUUGCUCGAGGCACCACCACCACCCGCUCCUUCGACUUCGAGAUUGAGACCAAGCAGGGCAACCAGUACACCUUCAGUAGCAUCGAGAGGGAAGAAUAUGGCAAGCUUUUUGACUUUGUUAAUGCCAAGAAGCUGAGCAUCAAGAACAGAGGAUUAAGAGAGGACAUGAAGGGAACAGAUGGUUACAGUGAUUCCGACGAAGAUGAGCAUGAUGCUUAUCUCGAGAGGAUGAAGGAGGAGGGCAAGAUCAGAGAGGAGGGAGACGAAUCGGAAGGCGAUAGCGACGAGUCAUUUAAUCCUGGAGAGGAGGAGGACGAUGUUGCCGAGGAGUAUGACAGUAAUGCCUCAGCAAGUGACAGUGAAGCUGAAGAAGGUGACAGUGAGGAUGAAGGAAAGAAGAAAAAGGUGGAAAAGAAGCCCAAGAAAGCACCGAAGGAGAAGAAAGAGAGAAAACCACGUAAAGAGAAAAAGGUGAAGGAUGCAGGAGCCCCUAAGAGACCCAUGAGUGCCUACAUGUUGUGGCUGAACGCGAGCAGGGAGCGCAUCAAGGCUGAGAAUCCUGGAAUCUCCGUCACUGAAAUCUCCAAGAAAGCAGGAGAGAUGUGGAAACAGCUCGAUAAAAGCCGCAAAGAGGAGUGGGAAAAGAAGGCAGAGGAAGCUAAAAAACAGUAUGACAAAGCAAUGAGAGAAUAUAAGGAGUCUGGAGGAGGAGCCGCAUCUUCUGCUGUCAAAGAGAAGAAAAAGAAAGGAGGCAAAGUGGAGGCAAAGAAAAGGAAGAGUGGAGGAGACAAGGAGUACGAGAGAGGAAACGAAAGCUUUAAGAGCAAAGAGUUCAUCUCCAGUGAGGAGAGCUCAUCCGACUCUGACCGAGGCAAAAGCAAAAAGCGCAAGCAGUCUGAUGAUGAAGAUGAAGAGGAGGAAGAGGUUGCCUCUACACCACCAAGCUCAGAGGAGGAGUCAGGAUCUGACUGAAGUCAUUCAUCUGCAAUGGCACAUUUUUACAACUUCUCAGGCAUCACACAGUCACAGAACACACACAUGCACUCAGCUGUACACACAAAAGCAUUUCGUUGGACCAGGAGUUUGUCUCACCGCAUGAUGUGCAUUUUAAGCACAAGUUUACAUUCUGUCUCUUUUCCACUUUAUGGACCAAGAUCUGAGGAGAGGCGGGUAGCUGAGGCCUUUUUUUUCUUUUUAAUAAUUGCAAUUGUGUGUACAACAGCCCAACUAGAGCCCUUUAUUGACAUUAUUUUCUAUAUUAUUGGUAGAUUUGAGAAAAAUUCAGGGAACUCUAGCUCUUUCAGUAGUAUUUUUCUCUGCCUUUUUCAAUUAAUAUCUUGUACUUCAGGCCAUAAGAUGUUUGAUUUGAAUAGAUGCGUUUUCUACUUUCAGCUGUCAUCCUGUCUCAAGAUUAAUAAAUG